AUGGGUGUCAAUACUGAUACUGUUAAAGAUGGGUCUACUUCUAUUGAAAUUGUUAACUCUGGUGAAACGGAAUCAGAAUCAAAUAACAUUGAUUCACUUGAAGUUAUCUCGUCUAGUGGAGAUAUUACACUACAGAUAAGAACUGCCGCAGAGAUUUUGACGACGCUUGAACUAGAUAUAGCAUGUUCCUCAGAGAAGUUGGUCAACUUAGACUUACUUGUUAUGUACGUGGAAGAGAGGGAAUAUGAUUUUGAGGCUUUCGUUUUGGAUGAAGAAUCUACUCUGGAAGGUUCUGAUGAAAAGGCACUUGAAUUCGAUCUUUUAUCUGGGAUUUUGGACUCUGAGGUCAAGGAACUGGAUAAUUUUCUAUCCUCUCUUGAAACGGAGAUUCUAAAUUCUCGAGGGGUUAUAUCUUCAUUCAAGCAGUUUGGUGAAGCUUUUAAUGGAAUGGAAGAAAAGUUGUAUGAUUGUGAGGAAUGCUUAAAGCAGUCAUUUGAGCGGGUCACAGAAAUACAGGCAGAGUCUUCCAGAUUCCAAAAGAUCUUGUUGACUUCUGGCAGCGACAAAAACUGGAAGGACAAUAAAGAGGUAGUGAGUUUUGAGAAUGGUGAUCCUUUACGCCAAAAUACAAAGAUAAAAAUGAAGACUGUGGAAGAGCAGAGGAAAAUUUUGCAGAUGCUUGAGAAGUCUUUGGCCAGAGAAUUAGAUCUGGAGAAGAAGCUCAACGAGUUUACAGAAACUGAAGAAGAUUUGAAUAUUAAGCUGCAACAAGAAGUUUGCUGCAUAGUAGAAGAAGUUGAAGUUACCUCCGAAAGACUGUUUGAGGCAGAAAAUACUGCUGAAAUCCUUUCAGGGAUUUCAAAAGAACUAUUGGGACGAGUCCAGAUUUUACAAUUUAAUCUUAGUGCUUCAAUCCAGAGAGAAGGGGGUUUGAGAUCUAAACUUCAAGAUCUAAAUGAACAGUUGAAAGAUAAAGAGUGUGCUUUACAAAACUCUGAGAGCACCAGGAGAGAACUUGUGGAAAAGAUGACUACACUUGAACAGAAACUGAAAGAUUUUGAGUCUCAAUUGCAAACAGUGAAGGAUUCUUCCGACAAGAAUGAAGAGUUAUCCUCUAACAUUCAUGAAACUGAAAGUAUAAUUAAUCAAUUGAAGGAAAAAGCCUAUGAUGCAGAACAAAGGUCUGAGAGUACCGAAGCUGAGUGUAAAUUGCUUAGAGAAUCUAAUGUGGAGCUUAAUAAAGAACUUUGUAUCCUUAAGAGUAGCAUUACUAGUUCAGAUGAGAGGUUGGAAGAGCUUGAGAGGAAGUUGAAGGACUCUGAAAUUAAGCGAGAGCAUGCAGUUGCAUUUGCUGAAGCUAGUCAGGAGAAGCAAAGCAUGUUAGAUUGCACAGUUAAGGAUAUGGAAAAUUUAAUAGAAAAUCUGAAAUCAAAGGUUUCAAAAGCUGAAAGACACACUGAGAAUGCUGAAGAAAAGUGUAUCAUAUUGUCAGAGUCCAAUGCUGAUCUCAGCAAAAGAAUAAAUUUUCUAACGAGUAGAACAGAAGAGUUGGAGGCAUCUUUACAUCAGGCCGAGGAAGCAAAAAAGGAAACUGCAAAGGACAUUGGCAUUCACACCAAAUUUAUAGCAGAUUUAGUUGUGCAGCUGGCUCUUGAAAGAGAGCGCCUUCAUAAGCAGGUUUUAUCAUUAGUGAAGGAGAAAAAAUUUGAAGUAAAGCAUUUGCCAGAAAUGUGUGUGGAUCCCACAGUUACUACAACUGUGAAUUCCAAAGGAAAUACCAAAGAAUCUAUGCUUUCUGAGAAUGACUCUAUAAAUGCAACUUCUGCUGAAGAAAGUAAUGAGCUAACAACCGAGUCCUUAGCUACCAGUCAUGAGAUGGGCAAUAAGCUUGGAGACACGACUACGAGUGAGACAAAUAUGGAGCGUGCAGAUUCCACCGCCGAUCCUGAGACAACAAGGAAUAUAGAUGCAAAUGUGCUCGACUUCAAUUUCCGUGUCUGCUUUGCUGAAUGGAUUUUAAACUCGAUAGAAAGGGAAAACAAAGUUUGA